AUGACAAGUCCUAUUUCCGAGUCCACCUCUGCAGCCGCAACAACAGUAGCACCAGUGGCGGUAAGAUCUGCUAGCACGGAGGUUCCAUCGAGUGAAGAAGGGCAUGAAGCACUUCUGCAUGAGCUUCUCGGUGGUCCAGUGCGUCCGUUCCACGAAUGGAAAUGGCAUGAGGCCGCAAACUUCAAGAAGCUUCACGAAACUCGGGGUGACAAUUCGUUUACGGCGACCAACGUGACAGGUGAAAUAGCUUCUGGAUGUACAGGCCCAUUCCAGCCGUACCCUGGCGCCCCGUGCACUCACUCCACUACACUCCUGCAUGAGCGCGUCGGGUGUGAGGUAUCGUGUAAGGCGCUCUGCGCUGCUGUUGAAGCGCCUCGGAAAGAGAGCAUAUCUCCGUUGUGCGAAGACACUGCGAUGCAGGCGUUGACGCCACUUCUGGACAACUACACCAUCCCCAUCUCGCACCAGGGACCGGAGUACUUCGACAGCGGCACGCAGGCGAGCGUGGCGUCGAUCUGCGUCAUCAUGGUGGGUCUGCCGGCACGCGGCAAGACAUUUCUCGCGCAGAAGAUAUGCCGCCUGUUGGGGUGGCACGGCUCUCGGGCAAAGGUGCUCAAUGUGCAAGUCGCGUGGCGACGUCUUAUACUCGAGUACAAGAAGUGCCGAAAAAGUAUGGAGUGCUCACCAGUUCUUCUCGCAGGUGCGGUGACAUCACAAGCAGAAAGAUCUAUCCCGUCGUGCUCCGGUAUGACGUCGGCGAUUGCGGCAACCGCUGUGGGUGACGCCGCGCAAGACGCAGGCAUCCCCGACAACCGGGGCGAUGAGUGCAUUUCCGCCGCGCAACCAACAUCCUCCCCCAGUGGCUCACCAGAGCACCAGCGUCAGCAGAAGCAACAGAGUUCUGACUACCUCGGCGCGGAGCAUUUCCGUGCGCUCGUGAGCGAACCUGAUAGCAUGGAGCGCCGCAUGUAUCGACGUGUGCUUGAGCGGUACGCCGUCGACGCGAAGAGUUUCUACGCGAACGGUGGAGAGGUGCUUGUAGUGAACGACGAUUUCCCGACGGAGGAGCUACGCGACGAGGCGGAGGCGCUCUUUUCCCCAUUGGCCUCGCAGACGUUCUUUAUGGAGGUCAUCCGCGGCAGUAAGAUGAACCAAAAGUUUAACGAGCUGAAGGUGAGCGACGCGGCGGAGUACCCCACCCAUCUGCAACCCAACGAUGCGAUGGAUGACUUUACACGCCGUGUCGAGUACCUUGCAAGUGUCUACACCACGCUUACCUCCAGUGCCGUAGACGAGGAAAAGGACGCUGGCGCUCAGGAAAAUGGGACCGAUACUUCUCUGAACAAUGUAGAUGCAGAUGUAGGCACAGUGAAGAAGCGACGAAUGAAGCGAUACGUGAAGCUGGUGAAUUCUUUGGAGAUUGAGGUACAUGGUGUGACAGGUUUUACGGCAAGUCGCAUCGUCUCGUAUGUGAUGAACCUCACCCAGAUGAAGGUUCAGCACCCGAUUUACUUCACACGCCACGGCGAGUCGCUGUAUAACCUCGACGACCGCAUAGGCGGUGAUCCCUCCCUCACGGCAGCUGGAACUAAGGGCGCAAUCGAGCUACUUGGUUUCCUGGCUUCCCUGAAGGAGAACUACACCACAAAGGCACAAACCAGCAGGCAAAAAGAAACCCUUGAUGGGGUCUCCAAUGCGAAGGGUGAGAGCAGAAAAAGUGACGACAAGAACCAAACUGACAGUGAUCGUCAGGCCGUGGUGGAAAUAUGGACAAGCCAGCUGCGCCGUGCGAUACAGACAGUGGAGCCGAGUGAGACUCUACUGGGCAUAAAGACACUGCGGUGGAGCAGUCUCAACGAGAUCCACGCGGGCGUCUGCGAGGACCUCACCUACGCCGAAGUGCGGGACAAAUACCCGCUUAUUGACCAGUUUCGCAGGAGCAACAAGUACACCUUCCGCUACCCAGAGGGGGAGAGCUACCAGGACCUGGUGAUGCGUUUGGAGCCGGUCAUCAUGGAGCUGGAGAACGCUGACCGUGUUGUGGUUGUCGUCGCCCACCAAGCUGUGCUGCGCGCGCUGCUGGCAUACUACGGCAGCACGUCUGCGGAGAGUUGCGUGCGGCUGGCGGUACCCCACCGCACGGUGUGGCGCUGUCAGUACGACAGCAAAGGAAUUGCCUCACUGGACGAGCUGAGCUUUUCAGAGCAGUGA